AUGAAUAAUUUCAAAGAAAAUAUAAAAUCUAAUAAAAGAUUUACAAUAUUUCCAUACAAUAAAGUUUAUUUUUCACGUGAAGAACUUAUAAAUUAUUAUUUGCAAGAUAACCAUACACCAUUAUUCAGAAAUGAGGAACUUAAUAACUUAGCAUUAACUUGGAAUAAAAAUUUUACUAAAGAAAUAACUCAAUAUUCUCUUUUUUCUUUAAGCCGAUUACUGCCAUCUCAUUCACAUAAUUUAAUUUUUGAACACUUUGAAAAAGAAAAUCAAGAUACAGAACAAGUUAAUAAAUCAGAUAUAUUUCUCACAUUGAGAAAUACAAUAAUGAUGAAUAAAAAUAUAUCUGAUACUGUUAUAUGUCAUCAUGAGAAUGAAAAAAUUUCAAAUGCAAUGGGACCAAAUAUAGAAAUAUUAGCUUUUGGAGUAGCUGAAAUUUUACAACCUGAUUUUCACCUUAAAACAUGGACAUUUAUACAAUCGGAAGAUACAAAACUUUUGUUAAAUAUGGAAAUUAGUAAACGUUUAAUAGUUUGCAUGAAAACAACUAAUUUUGUUACAUUUUGUGAUUCACUCGAUAAAAAUGACUAUGUGGGUGCAAAUUUUUUAAAUUCUAAUGAAGCUAUAGAAUUUUUUAAUAAUUGUGAUAAGGUACAAAAAAGAAGAACAUCUAGGUUUAAAUUCUUGACAUCAAAGAAUAACUCAACAAUUUCUUUAUCUUCACCAACAUCAGACAUGUGUCAGUUAUUAUCAUCGUCAUCUUCAAUAUCAUCUGGUUCCUUGAAUGAUCAAAUGUCAAAGUUUAAAAAAUUAUGGAAUAUAAAUCCUAUUCGUCUAUUUAAAAAAAAAGCAUUUCCAAAAUGUAAUAGUUUUACAAUUACACCGGAGUGUUCUUUUAGAGAAGAAAUUGAGGAAUUUAAAAAUCGGAUUGUUAAAUCAAAUUCUUCUGAAAAAGAAUCAUUUCCAGUAUAUAAUAAAAAAACUUCACCAAUACCACCAACACCUAUAAGGAAUACAGAUUUAGAAAACAUAUCAAGAAAAGGAACUAUACGAAGUAUAUCAAAAGCUGUUAAGAAAUCACCAAAAAAUACGAAGUCUUUCUUAAAUGCACGAAAUAGCAUUAAAGUAAAUAAGAAUAAACUUCAUCAGCGAUCAACUUUAGGUUCUAUAAAAACAUUGAAAAUUCAGAAAAAGGCAUCUAGUAGUAAAAAAACAAUUGACAAAGAGGAACUUUAUAAUACACGGGAUGAAGGUAUCUCUGAUACUACUAAUAAUUCUCCUGAAAACAUCAUACCACAAGCACCACCAUUACCUCAAGAGUUAAAUUUUUCUAAAAUUAAAACUUCAACAUUAAAACCAAAUGGUAAUUUACCUUCAAAAAUUAAAGUUUUACCAACAAACCAACAUAUUUCUAACAAUCUAAUAGAUGAAAUAAAGAAUAUGAAUAUUACUAAUUUGAAAAAGGUAGACAUAAAUAAUAAAAAUUCUUUAAAUACUGAUGUUUGUGAAAAAUUAAGUGUUAUGGAAAUUCUUAGAAAAAAUCUACCUAUUAGAAGGAAUGCUUUUGAACCUGAAGAGUCCGAUGAUGAUGAUGAUGUUGACUCUGCUUGGAGUUCCUCAAACUAUCAUUCUGAUAGUGAUUUUUAG